CUCCUGGUCUUCACAGCAGAACUGUGAAGGACUACUUUCUCCUAAUUUACUCCUGAAUCACUCAGAUGGAACUCCCGAAGGGCUCCUCUGGCCAACGGACAUUCCUAUCUGCCCUCCUCAACAUGCUAUCACUCAGCCUCUCCACAACAUCCCUGCUCAGCAACAGCUGGUUUGUGGGCACACAGAAGGUGCCCAAGCCCGUGUGCGGAAAAGGUCUGGCAACCGAGUGCUCUGACAUGCCGGUGCCCUUGGAUGGGAGCAGCACCAACACAUCUUCCCAGGAGGUGGUGCAAUAUGGCUGGGAGGCUGGGGAUGACCGCUUCUCCUUCCAUACCUUCUGGAGUGGCAUGUGGCUAUCCUGUGAGGAAACUGUGGAAGAACCAGGGGAGAGGUGCCGAACUUUCAAUGAACUCACACCACCAACCCAGAGAGGUGAGAAAGGACUACUGGAGUUUGCCACGUUGCAAGGCCCACGUCACCCCACUCUCCGAUUUGGAGGGAAGCGGUUGAUGGAGAAGGCUUUCCUCCCCCACCCUCCCUUGGGGCUUGUGGCAAAGAUCCUAUGGUUAUCAGUGGGAGCCCACUUCUCGUCCAUCGGACUUGAAUUCGUCAGCUUCCUCCUGCUACUAAUGGACCUGCUGUUCACCGGGAACCCAGGCUGCGGGCUCAAGCUGAGCGCCUUCGCUGCCAUUUCCUCCGUCCUGUCGGGCCUUCUGGGAAUGGUGGCCCAUAUGGUGUAUUCACAAGUCUUCCAGGCAACUGCAAACUUGGGUCCAGAAGACUGGAGGCCACAUGCUUGGAAUUAUGGCUGGGCCUUCUACACGGCCUGGCUUUCCUUCACCGGCUGCAUGGCAUCAGCGGUCACCACCUUCAACACAUACACCCAGCUGGUGCUGGAGUUCAAGUGCAAGCACAGUAGGAGCUUCCGAGGAAAGCUGCGUUGCCUGCCGCACCACCAGCAGUGCUUCCUUGAGCGGCCGUCCUGUGCAGCCCCCACGGGCCGUCCCCUGACCAGCUACCACCAGCACCACCCUCAGCCCGUCCGCUCAGUCUCUGAAGGAGCUGACUUCUACUCAGGGCUACACCACAAGGGAUUUCGGCAAGAACCCAGCCGGAGGCUAAAGGAAGAGGUGGCUGGGUCAUCCGCAGAGGAAGAACUGUGUUAGAAGUAGCCAGGUUUAGAGGGCAGGCGGAACCCAACCUCCCAUGUUCAUUUGCGGUCAACAUGUACUGAAGCCAGAGUCUGUCUCUCGAGCAUGGUUUUCACAGGUUCAGGACAAGCCUAUCUAAAGUGCAGGUCCAAAGGGGUGCAUGCCAGGGCACCACUGCCCCUCUUCCUUCCCAGCGCUUCCCUUCCCUUCCCAUGUCUCGUUUCGCCACCCCCCAUCCCGUGUUCAGAAUCACCCCCUCUCCUUUACCGAUGGCUUGUUAUGCGCCACGCUCCGGGCUCAGCAGCGGAGACAAAAAAGAGAAGUAGAAUCCAGUUCCUGCCCUUUAGGGGCUUCUCCAUCUGGCCCUCUAUCUGGGAUUUGGAGGAAUGCAGGCGGGCAACUCAACAGCCGUCCAUGGUGGCUCAGCCUUCCCUGGUGCACUUGACUUUUCCUAGAAGUCAUAGAAUGGAAGACAAAGAGGCCCUCCUGGGACCUUGGGCAUGUAGGACCGAUGUCCUCCACACUGCCUAUUACAGUGUCCCACACCCACAUGGUAUGGACCCAAUGGAAGUUUAAAUAUUAAUCUAGAAGCCACCAGGGGACUAGUACACAUGAGAAGGCCCCCACAGCAUGCAGGGACAGGUCCACUUCCAGAAAUGGUCCACUGUAGUUAUUCGUAGGGGAUUUAUGGUAAGGGACACUUCCGCAAUGAACAAGGCCACGGCAUACACUCCCCUCUGGAUCCCCAACUCACCCACCCACCUGUUCUUCCUCUUUUCCAUAAGGGAAAACAAACCAUGGCGAUGGCUAAGAAGAAUGAGAAUGACACACAAGUGUGUUUCCUAUACAUAGUAUUUAUUUGUUCUCCAACAAUUCACAUUUUAAAUAGUGCUUCCUGACAAUAUACCAGCUGGCUCUUCUGUAGUAUGGACAAUAAAAGUAGCAAUUCACAUUCAAGGGGGUUGGUAUCGGCAUACCCGACUGGGAGGGGGAGUAGAGAGAAUCUGGGGGUUGGGAGGAUGCUGUCUAGGGUGGAAGGGGCUAUAAGGAUAGCAAGGAGGAGAGCUUGGGAGAAGGAAGAUCCUUAUACCUGCACGAGUCACUGCUAUCCCUAAGUGGCAGUCACACUGGCCUUGCUUGAGUGGGGGAAGGAAGGAGCUCUUCCUAUCUUAGAGGUCCGGCUGGGUGGGUGCCUACCAGGAGAAGGGAGUGUCGGGACACACCUGACAGGCUAGCACCCACGCUGGACAGAUGAAGCUUCCGCAAUCCUCGGCCACCAUUCCAACCCUCUACCCUGGCUGCAGGAGGGAGGAGAAACCUAGAGCCUGUCCCGUGUCUGGCAAAAAUGGAUUCAAACUUCUGAG